UGCUCUUCAUAAAACGUUUAAAAAAAAACGUCAGGAGAUUCGUAAUGCUAACCAACAUUGAUUUUAAGUACUGAUUGUAGUGUAGUAUUAGCUGCCUGUAUUUGUUCUACCUCUUCUGCCAGGGCUUUUGGAUGCCCAUGCUAGUGUUUUUGCGUUUAUGUCACCUGCUUGCCGCCAGUGAGAUGAUCAUGGGAAUGAAGCCGUUACGACUUGUUGAUUACAUCCACAUUGUUCAGCCCUACAAAAACAGCGUGAACAUGAUGCGAGCAAACCUAAUGUUUGUGAAGAUUGAUGGGGAAGACCCUAAAUCACACCGACCUGACUGGUUGUAUGUAGUCGCCAAGGGUAAUAACCCCUUGCCCCCAGCUGAAGAGUUAGCACACAAAUUUGGAGAAUUAGAAUCAGUUGAUGUACAGGUUAUAGACAAAAAUACAGCAGUGUUGGCUGUAUCUACAUUUUACGGGAGUAAGCACAUUUUAAAGGCUUUCCGACACGACAAGACCAUGUCGGUAACUCGCUACAGUUGGCUGCAGCAUUGCAAGCCAGUGAGAUACGGAUUGUGGUGCUCAAUUAUUAUGAUGGGUGCUUUCUGCGUGUGGACGUUCAUAGGUGACAAAUGAAGAAUAAUUAGAUUGUGCAUCACAUCCGGCUCAACAGUGAAACAAUGCUUGGCUUGGUUUUACAUUAGGAGAAAUUCGAACUCUUCGUGGAAUGAUGUUUGUGAAAAAAUUUAACUGAAGAGAGGGCAGUAUGACACAAAUUGUCAAAAGAUAAAUAAUGCUGUAGACAGGACAUUGAACUCUUUCUGUAAGAUUGAACUAAAGAGGGCAGUGUGACAUGGAUAUUUUCCAACAUCCUUCAGUUUAAAUUAUAAUGUUCGCUACAUUUUUUAUCAUGUGUAUAAUUAAGCUGUUAGAUUUAAAAUUGUACAAUGUUACCUGUUAGUCAAAUAUGACUGCCAAAAUAGUAGCUACAAUACUAUACAUGAUGUCUCCAGAAAAAUAUGCAUAACACUUUGUUGCCUUUUUCAUUUACAUGUAAUUGUGACAGGGUUGGGACAUGGUGAAGAUAUAUUUGUUGAAAAACUCAUUUAACUCAGAUCUUCCUAUAGUGGCUUUUAGCAACUUUGGAAUCCUAAUAAUAAUUGAUAUUAUUUCUAACACAUAUUUCUUGGUCUUCAGGCAUUUUGGGACAUUUGAAUGUAUAAUUGAUAUAUGUAUUUUAUAGUGCUUAUAUUUUGGUUUUUAUCCCGGUUUUUAUGCUUUGUUUUUUUAAAGAAAGGAUUACAAAAAAGAAGAAAUAAAAGAAAGUAAUGAUAUUGAUCAUAA